AUGUCUGAAACAAACAACGGUGUUGUGAAUGGUGCUACGGUGAACACGAACACGGUGGAAACAAGGCGAACGAUUUCGCCGUACGACCUCACUGCCGCCGACAAUCCAGGCGCUGUGAUAUCUCAUCCCUUACUCAAGGGAUCGAACUAUGACGAAUGGGCUUGCGGGAUGAAAACAGCUCUCUGUUCUCGUAAGAAGUUUGGAUUCCUCGAUGGAUCCAUUCCUCGACCAGCCGAAGGGUCAACUGACUUGGAGGAUUGGUGGACGAUUCAAGCUUUGCUUGUCUCGUGGAUCAAGAUGACGAUAGACUCGUCACUUCGUUCGAACAUCUCCCAUAGAGAUGUGGCCAAAGACUUGUGGGACAACUUGAAGAAACGCUUCUCGGUUACUAAUGGUCCAAGAAUUCAACAACUCAAGGCGGAGUUGGCAUGUUGCAAGCAACGUGGUCUUGCCAUUGAAGCAUACUUUGGCAAGUUGAAUCGGAUUUGGGAUAGCAUGGCUCAAUACAGACCAUUACGUGUUUGUAAGUGUGGCAAAUGUGAAUGUGAUCUUGCUACAGCUCAAGAGCAGGAUCGUGAAGCUGAAAAAGUCCAUGAGUUUCUCUUUGGACUAGAUGAUAACUAUCGCACUGUGCGAUCAACUCUGGUUUCUCGGACUCCUCUUCAGCCUUUGGAGGAGGUUUACAACAUUGUGCGCCAGGAGGAGGAUCUUAAAACCACAGUUCGCCACAGUGAAGAGAUGCCAGAAGUGACGGCUCAUGCA